CCGAACACAAACUAAGCUUCAGAAUCUUUGCUCUCUCUCUCUCUAACUUCCUUCGCCCUCCAAACACUCUGCGCUGUCGAUCUCUCUCUCUCUCUCUCUGCUUUAUAAACCGUGUCUGUAACCAAGCAGAUGGCAAUGCAGGAAGCAAGCCCUGCCACUACUCAUAGUGCUCAAGUUGUUGGCAAUGCCUUCGUGGAGCAGUAUUAUCACAUUCUGCACCAAUCCCCAAACUUGGUGCAUAGAUUUUAUCAGGAAUCAAGUUUCUUGACCAGAUCAGACAGCAAUGGUGUGAUGACGACUGUGACAACUACGAAAGCAAUCAAUGAAAAGAUUAUUUCCCUGAAUUAUGAAGAUUAUACAGCAGAAAUAAAAACUGCAGAUUCUCAGGAGUCAUAUGAGAAAGGUGUGAUAGUUUUAGUAACUGGAUGCUUAACUGGGAAGGAUAAUGUGAAAAGGAAGUUCUCCCAGACAUUCUUUCUGGCUCCACAAGAUAGAGGCUAUUAUGUCUUAAAUGACGUCUUCAGGUACAUCGAGGAGAAUGACACACUGCAGUUAAAUUCUGCUUCAGUAAAUGUCAUCAAUGAAAAUGCUGAGUCAGUGCACAUGCCAGAAUCAGAGGAUAUACAUGCUCCCGAACAUCUUGAGGCAGACCCUGCAACUUUUGCAGAGGAUGAGAAUCUUAAUAAUGGUGAUGAAGUUUAUCAUUCUCAGGACAAUGAGGAAGAAGGAUCAGUUAUUGAUGAAGAGGUUGCUGAGCCCUCUACUGAUUUAAGUCAGAAUGAUGUGGUUACAAUUCAUGAUUCAACUUCUGCAGUCCAGGAUGAUGCACCAAAGACAUCAUAUGCAUCAAUUGUAAUGAAAAGCAACACAGCAUCUGGUCAUGUCUAUGUUCCCAGCCAAGCUGCAAGAGUGGCAUCUGCUAAAUCCAGUGAACAGUGGCCUGCUACUGGCAAAUCUACUCCUGGGCCUGAGGCAUUAGCUCCUAGUAGUGACAGUGCACCUGGGAAUAGCGAUGUUCAUGAAGAAGCUGAAGGUCACUCCAUAUACAUACGGAACUUGCCAUAUAAUGCAACAGUUGAACAACUUGAAGACGUCUUUAAGAAAUUUGGUCCUAUUAAGCAUGAUGGAAUCCAAGUUAGAAGUAGUAAGCAUGGAUUCUGUUUUGGCUUUGUUGAAUUUGAGGAAUUGAGUUCCAUGCAUAGUGCACUUGAGGCUUCACCAAUGACUGUUGGUGAGCGACAAGCUGUUGUUGAGGAAAAAAGAACUACUACACGAGUCAGCGGUAGUGGGAGAGGGAGGUAUCCUUCAGGAAGAGGUGGUUUCCGAAGCGAGAGCUUCAGAGGACGUGGGAAGUUCGGUGGUGGACGGAGUUAUGGAAGAAAUGAAUUCAGAAACCAAGGAGAGUUCUCAGGGCGACCUAAGGGUUCAACAGGACAGAAGGGAGAAAGUUCUCAACGGCCAAGUCAGAAUGGAGGUGGGAGGGGUGGACGUCAAGGUGUGGGGAACCUUAAUUCUACACCAUCAACUUCAGCAUGAGCAUAUUGGUUAAUGAAAGAAUAGAACAACAUUAACAAAAACAAAACAAUAGAGACUGGUGGGUGAUAAUAUUUGUAUAGGAAAAGGAAGACAAACACCUCUUUCCUUUCCAAUUGUUUAGGCAGAAAUUCAGGUUUCUGGCUUUCAUCAUUGCAAUGAUCAAUAGGUUGAUCAGCCCUUGCAGGAGGUGUUUUGGAUCGGUCACAUCUUUUUUUGUUUUUUCGUUACGAAUACACUUCAUUCUAUUUUGCUGAGAUAUAUCUGAGCUAUAUAGAGCAAGAAUGUUCCUCCUACUGAGUUGUUUAACAUGAAUCUCUGUUGUGGAUGUUUUAUGUGUAAAUUGGAACUAUGUGAGUUCCUUUUCUUUUUCUCAUAAAUUUAAUGGA